AUGGGCCUGGCCACGGAGCACGGCGGGGCCUACUCGCGGGCAGGGGGCAGCCCUCGCGGCUGCUGGUAUUACCUGCGCUACUUCUUCUUCUUUGUCUCAGUCAUCCAGUUCCUCAUCAUCCUGGGCCUGGUCCUCUUCAUGGUCUACGGCAACGUGCACGUGAGCACGGAGUCCAACCUGCAGGACACCAAGCGCCGCGCUGAGGACCUGUACAGCCAGGUCAUGGGGCUCACGGUCAGCCAGGCCAACCUGUCCAAGGAGCUCAACCUCACCACCCGUGCCAAGAAUACCAUCAUGCAGAUGCUGCUGAACGCCCGCCGAGACCUGGACCUGAUCAAUGCCAGCUUCCGCCAGUGCCAGGCUGAACGGGUGGUCUACAUGAACAACCAGAGGUAUAUGGCUGCUAUUAUUCUGAGUGAGAAGCAAUGCCAAGAACACCUCAAGGGGACCAACAAGAGCUGCAACGACUUGUCCUUCAUGCUGACCCAGAAGGCCAAGAUGCUAGAGGGGGAGCUGGCCAAGGAGAAGGCUAUGUGCACCAAAGACAAGGAGGGUCUACAGUUGAGCAAGCGGGUGGUGGAAGAGCAGCUGGCUGAAUGCACCAAGGCCCGGGAGCAGCAGCGGCAGGAGCGACAGCUGGCCGAGAGUCAGCUGCAGAAGGUGCAGGACCUCUGCCUUUCACUGAACAAGGACAAGGUUGAGAUGGACCUGCACAACCUCUGGCGGGACUCCAUUAUCCCACGUACCCUCGAAUCAAUGAACUACGGCCCAUACCAUUUCAGCUCAGAAAUGGCCUCCAUCCGGAGAGCCUGUGACCACCUGCCUACCCUCAUGAGCACCAAGGUGGAGGAGCUGGCCCAGAGACUGCGGGCUGACAUCAAGAGUGUGGCCCGUGAGAACUCGGACCUCCAACGCCAGAAGCUGGAGGCCGAGCAGGGCCUGCGGGCCAGUCAGGAGGCCAAGGAGAAGUUGGAGAGGGAAGCCCAGGCCCGGGAGGCCAAGCUCCAGGCGGAGUGUGCCAGGCAGACCCAGCUGGUGCUGGAGGAGAAGGCGGCCCUGCGGAAGGAGCGAGACAACCUGGCAAAGGAACUGGAGGAGAAGAAGCGGGAGGCCGAGCAGCUCAAGAUACAGGUGGCUGUCAGCAACUCGGCCCUGGACACCUGCAUAAAAGCCAAGUCACAGCCGAUGUCUGUGCCAAGACCUGCUGGCUCUGCCCUCAACCCCCCGCCCAUCGACCCAGCUAGCCUGGAGGAAUUCAAGAAGAGGAUCCUGGAGUCCCAGCGGCCUUUUGCAGGCAACGCAGCCCCAUCCAAGUGAGUGUCUGAGAAAGCUCCAGGCCCUGGGGACCAAGGGUGGUCCCAACUGGCCUGUCUGCAGACCUGUGGCAGCAAGAUGACCACAGCGUGGGACGCAGCCAGGCAAUCCCUGGGCAAACGCACCACAGCGGGCGCCCUCGGCCUGCUCCCUCUGCUCGUCCUCACACCCCACCCAGAACCCCUAAUACUCUCACAGCCCCACACCUGCACCACAAUCCCUCACCCACAGCUGCCACAAUAACAUCCCACAGACAUGGCAAUGAUGUCAUACAGACGGUGACCUGACAGACACUUCUACCAAACCCUGACCCAGUAUCACACCCCUCUACACACAGGCCAAGACCCCCACAGCAUCCCCUCGCAGCCCUCCCUGUGCCCCUGCCACUCACUCUCCUGAUUCCCUUAUCUCCCCCGCGCUUCCUCACCCACAGUACUUCAGGCCUGGGGAAGUGAGAACAGGAAGACAUUCACCUCCAUCCCUGCGAGAGUUUCCAGGCCCUCCUCGCACACCAGGGAAAAUCUGGUUCAAGGGCAAACAUAGCCCACAGGCCCCCUCAUAGCUAGCAAGGGCACUCCUUCACUCCCUCUCCCCCCAUACCCAGCCUUGCCUGUGGUCCCUACUAAAUGUUAGUGGCACUAAAUAAAUGUUAUCAAUCCCUUCAAAGAUUCAAGUCAUGAUUUAUGCUUUGAAAAGGCACCACCUGCCUUUGAGCAAGAAAAGACUAGAAAGAAGAUAAAAGCUGAGAACCCCAGCCCCAACGACCCUUGGCCAGAAGACCCUUCAACUCAGAAUAAACUUGGGGGUAUACCACCUUCCCCCAAGGUCUGGGCAUCUCCGUGUGGGAAGAGACAGCAUUGUUGUCAAUUUUAUGUUUCUUUAAAACAGCAGAUAGUUACGAGGCAGUUUCUUACAAAGCAGAUUAUCCAUUUGUAGCCUUCAUUUUUCUACAUUUGCAAAGAUUCCCCCAAGUCUUGACAACAGUGCUCUGCUCAGUUUACCACAGCCUGUCGUGAAUUGCAGGAACUCCUCCUUGCCAAAAUUAUUCCAGGAACAAAAUCACAAAA